GGUGACCCGGAAGUGAAAUGCUCAAACGAUCUGUGAAACGGUGCAAAAAUAUACAAAAUGAUGCAGCUUCAUUUCACCAAAGAUGUUCUUCCCGAUUCUGUCAGCUCGGAUUUCCAGAAUCUGAAUAAAUUCAGCGAACAGCAGUUUUUGUGCCUCAUUGAAAUUCUGUUCCAGUUUCUGCUGGAACCUAAAGAGGCGGAGAGGUUCGUGCAGCAGCUCAGCGAGUUUGCAGGGAAAAAUGGGAUGAGUGGUGGUCCUCUGAAGAACCUAAUGAAAAGUAUUCUCUUAGUGCCACAAGGAGCCUUGAAGAAGAAUCUGACACCUGAGCAGCUCAAAGAUGACCUCGUAAUACUGGGAUUGAAUGAGGACAAGGCAGCUCAUUUUGCACAACAGUGGGCGGUGCACUGUGUGGCUCUGUCCAGACGCGCUGUCAGACAGACACUGAUGGUCAACCAGCUGCUUGACUUGGAGUGGAAGUUUGGAGUGACCGUUGGCUCAAGUGAAAUUCAGAAAGUGGGCAACAUCUUUCUGCAGCUAAAACUGGUGAUCAGAAAGGGGAAUGCCACAGAAAAUGUCUACAUGGAGUUGACGCUCCCUCAGUUUUACAGCUUCCUGCAUGAGAUGGAGCGAGCCAAAGCCAGCAUGGAGUGUUUCAGCUGAGCACAAGCUCAAACUUCACACAUUCUGCUGUGUGGAGGUGCUUCAGAAAACACACGUUUCCAUCAACACUUUAAAAGCUUGACAUUCUUGUCUUAAAUGCAGCUUUCACUGGAUUUAUGAGAUCUUGGACUUUAAAAUGACACAGAACAUUAAACAUUUACACAUUUUAUUGGAUCUGUCAGAAAAGAGUAGGAGGCUGGAGAUCAGGCUUGUUUCUCAGUGUCAAAUGAUUUUUUAAAUUUUUUUUUUUUUUUAUGUUUCGGUGUGGUGGUGUGGAAGACCCGGAAUAGUGGAGUCAUGUGACGAACCCAAACAGGACGAGACAUGUUGUGUACCGUGAUCUUUAAAGGUAGAACAAUGAGGAAACAAAGCAGUGGAAUCUCAUGGAAUGCUA